AUGAAGCAAGUGAAGGGUAUUCCAAUAAACACUCAUUUCAUUGAGUCGUUGUCUAAAGUUUUUGAAUAUGUGAAGUUCUUACGAGACUUAAUAGAUACUCACCAUCAAUUAAAGAAAAAUUCCAAGGUGAUUCUUAGUGAGCAAAGUUCCAAGGUUGUCUUGGGAGAGUUACCAAAGAAGAUGGGAGAUCCUAGAUGCCUCACUCUUCCAUGUGAGUUUGGAAAUAAUACAAAGACUUAUGACUUAGCUAAUUCUGGAGCUAGCAUCAAUUUUAUGCCUUUCUCGUUUUCUCAAAAGCUUAAUGUUCCGGAUUUAAAGGCUACAAGAAUGACAAUUCACAUGGCUAACCGUUCAGUGACACAUCCUAGAGGCAUUGCGGAAGACAUCUUGGUAAAAAUUGGAAAAUUUAUUUUUUCAAUUGAUUUUGUCGUUAUGGAUAUGAAAGAAGACAACAAUGUCCCAAUUAUUCUUGGCUGCCAUCUACUAAAUACUGCUCGAGCUUUGGUUGACAUUCGCAAGUCCAAGUUAGCUUUGUGA